UUGUGUGUGUCCUGCUCCAGUGCUCCAAGUGCUCCAGUGCUCCAGCGCUCCCGUCUGCCUGAAGCUCCUCGUGCGCUGCAGCUGCGCCUGCACUGAGCGUGCGCGUUUGACAGCAGCAGCAGGAGCGCUCGAGGAGAAAGAGAAGCCAAACGUACAUCAAUCCCGUGAAACCGGACGGGUCGAGGAUUCAUCACUGGAAUCGUCCCUACGGAUGCUUUUGAUUUGCUCCAGGACAUGCGUUAACCCCCUUUGUACGGUGACAAAAGGGGUGUGUUAAUCUCACCGAGUUAGGAGGCAGGCACAUGGGGGUGGAUGCCAUGCAGGGAGAGUCGAGCGGCCGGGUAUGUGUGUGUGUGAGGCAGAUGCCUGUCAGAGCGUUCACCGGCCACACACAUGCUACAUGAGCCACAGAGAAUGGUUUGCGAGAUACACCGUGACCAGGAAAGGACUGCUGUUGACUCACUGCAGUAUUAAGCGUCCACACUAUUCUGAGCUGCUGACGUCUGGUUGGAAUUGGAGGAUCCACUCUUUCAUACAGUCUAAACAGUCUUGCUGGCUAAUCUUGGAUGCCCCUGUUUGUUUGAAUGGUCACACUGAGUGCGAAUCACAAGGCCCAGUUGCUUUGACCUGGAGGGGAAGGAUUUUCAUGUAACGCACCCUGCCAUGGACAGGAAGAGGAGUUGCACGCUCUGUGGAGGAGCUGUGAUGCUGCUGCUGCUGCUGGAUCACAUGAUCAAUGCAUUAGAAGUGCCUCUAGAUCCUAAAGUUCUGGAGGGAUUACCUCAGCCUCCCACAAUAACUCAUCAGUCCCCCAAGGAUUACAUCAUCGACCCUCGGGAGAACAUCAUUAUCCACUGCGAGGCGAAAGGAAAGCCUCAUCCCAGCUUUACAUGGACACGUAAUGGUAUUCAUUUCGAUGUGGAAAAAGAUUCCAAAGUUAUCAUGAAGCCCAACUCAGGCACUCUGGUCAUUGACAUUAGUGGAGAGAAGGCAGAGGCGUACGAGGGUGUUUACCAGUGCAUCGCCCGCAACGAGCACGGCUCUGCCUUGUCCAAUAACAUUGUCAUCCGUCAGUCAAGGUCCCCCUUGUGGUCAAAAGAGAAAAUUGAACCAAUCACAGUGCAGAGGGGUAUGUCUCUUGUACUGCAGUGCAGACCCCCAGCUGGCCUGCCUCCUCCAAUCAUCUUCUGGAUGGAUAACAAUUUCCAGAGACUUCCCCAAAACAGCCGUGUAUCCCAGGCUUUAAACGGAGACCUGUAUUUCUCCAACGUGCUCAUGGAUGACAACAGAAACGACUACAUCUGCUACGCCCGCUUCCCAUACACUCAGACUAUCCAACAGAAACAGCCCAUCACUGUCAAUGUGCUGGACAUUGAAGCUAUGAAUGACACUGUGUUGGCAGCUUUUUUGAAUGGCUCAGAUUUUUGGGGUGACAGUCCUUCUGGGGAGAGAGCGCCCACUUUCAUGCAGCCACCAGGAAUGCACAGUACCAGCAUGGUCCUGAAAGGAGACACGCUGCAGCUGGAAUGCAUCGCUGAUAGCCUUCCAACGCCAGAUAUCUCCUGGAGCAAGGUGAACGGUGACCUGCCAAGCGGCCGUUUUUCAUUUCACAGUUUCCAGAAAACUCUGAAGAUAACAGAGGUGACAGAAGCAGAUGGGGGAGAUUACCGCUGUUUAGCCAAGAAUCGCCUGGGGAGCAACCAUCACAUCAUCACUGUAGUGGUCAGAGCGGCUCCCUUUUGGAUCAGUGCCCCUCAGAACCUCAUCCUGGCCCCGAAAGAAUCUGGAAUGCUCACCUGCCGGGCGGAUGGCAACCCUAAACCCACGGUCACAUGGUCUGUCAAUGGAAUUCCCAUUGAAAACUCACAUAAGGACCCCAGUCGGAAAAUCGAAAAUGGCAAUAUCAUCCUCAGUGAUGUUCAGACCGGCUCAAGUGCUGUUUACCAGUGCAACGCCUCCAAUGAGUACAGUUACCUGCUGGGCAAUGCCUUUGUCAGCGUCCUGGCUGAACCUCCAAGGGUGCUGACCCCUCCAAAUCAUGUGUACUCAGUCAUUACUAACAGUAGGGCUUUGUUAGACUGUGCUUCGUUUGGCUCACCACUUCCAAAAGUCACAUGGUUUAAAGACGGUCAGAGCCUAGUGGAUGGGGACUUGUACAUCAUUCAUAAGAACAAUACCUUAGAGAUCAAUGUGGCUCGGCCAGUAAACAGUGGCAAAUACACCUGCAUUGCCUCAAACAGUCUUGGCAACAAAGAAAAUCACAUUUACCUGGAAGUGAAAGAGCCUACACGGAUCCUCAGACAGCUUGGGUAUAAAGUGGUCCAGAGAAACAGCAUGGCUGUGUUUGAGUGCAAGGUCAAACACGACCCCACUCUCCUUCCCUCCAUGAUAUGGCUCAAAGACAAUAUGGAGCUUCCCGGCGACUCUCGAUUUGAGGUGGGCUCUGAUAGUCUGACUAUACAUGACGUGAGAGAGGACGAUGAGGGCAACUACACCUGCAUCAGAAACACCACCCUUGACCAAGAUUCAGCCAGCGCCAUGCUCACAGUAGUCGAGGCCACACCAACACCACCUAUAAUAAUGGAGCAACCGGAUGCACCGACAGACCUGGAGCUGACAGACCAACGAGAGCACAGUGUUCAGCUUACAUGGACCCCUGGUGAUGAAAACAAUAGUCCUAUUCAAUUGUUCCUGAUCCAGUAUGAAGAUUCGCUCCACGAGCCUGGAGUAUGGGUCAAUAUGACCGAAGUCUCAGGAACCAGCACCACAGCACACCUGGAGCUUUCCCCGUAUGUGUAUUACUCCUUCAGGGUCCUGGCACUCAAUGAAGUGGGUCUGAGUGAACCCAGCGCUCCAUCCAGACAGUACAGGACCAACCCUGCACAGCCUGAAGUGAGUCCAUCAGACGUUGAAGUCAUUGGAACGUCACCUGACAGUAUGACAAUAACUUGGAGGGAGCUGACUGGGCUGGAGUCGAACGGCCCAGGCCUACAGUACAAGGUGAGCUGGAGACAGAAAGAUGUGGAUCAGCAAUGGACGUCACUCACUCUGGCCAAUGUCUCGCUAUAUGUGGUGACAGGAACGCCCACUUUUACGCCCUAUGAAGUCACCGUGCAGGCGGUCAAUGACUACGGCCCAGGUCCCAGACCAGAGGUACUGCUGGGAUAUUCAGGAGAGGACUUACCAACUGUGGCCCCAGAGAACGUAAAAGUUUCUGUUCAGAAUGGGACAGUGGCUGAAGUGAGCUGGGACGCAGUUCCUCUUUCAACAGUACAAGGACGACUGAAUGGAUAUAAGGUGAGUUACUGGAAGAUGAGAAGCCUACACAAGCAAGACCCUGAGCCCGAGAAACCACAGGAGCGCAUCUUUCAUGGGAAUGAGACGAAGGGUCUUCUGUUUGGCCUUCAUCCCUACAGCCAGUACACCCUCGACAUCAGAGCCUUCAACGGGAAAGGAGACGGACCCACCAGCUCCAAUCAGAUAUUUGAAACACCAGAGGGAGUUCCUGGGCCUCCUGCAGAUUUAAAAGUCCAAAAUCUGAACCUGGACUCCUUGGUUGUGAAGUGGGCACCACCUGUAGAAUAUAACGGUCACUUGACAGGAUACUUGCUCAAAUACCAGCCUAUCAAUACAACAGAUGAACUUGGGCCGCUCAAAGAGCUGCUUCUAGCAGCAAACGAGACCAGCAUCACUCUGGACAACCUCAAGCACAGCACACACUACAAGUUCUAUUUGAACGCCAAGACUAUCAAGGGCUCUGGCCCCACUGUCACAGAAGAGGGCGUCACAAUCAUGGACGAAGCAUUAAUUCGGCAUCCCGCAGUAGAGGCGGGAAAAGGCUCAGCCCCCCCUUCACCACCACCAACCCCCCCUGUCACUCAAUCUUUGCAGCCCCCGUUUCACAAGGUGCCGCCUGCUGGUCGGGUGUUUGGGAGUGUAAACUCCUCAGUGGAGGAGGACCAUGCUGUGAUAAGCUGGGAAUACUUGGGGCCGGAUAGGAAUGUUUAUGUGGAAUAUGUUGUUGAUAACAGUAAAGAACCCUGGAAAACAGAGUUUGUAAAUGGCACUCGGACAUAUCAGAUUAGAGGACUAAAGCCCGGGAUGUCCUAUAGGGUUCGGGUGGUAGCCAAAGACCACUCAGACGCAACGGUCCACAGUACAGAGGAGCUGUUGAUUACAGUUCCAGCUAUGACUAGCAAGCAGGUUGACAUAGCCACACAGGGCUGGUUUAUCGGGCUGAUGUGUGCCAUUGCUUUACUGAUCCUGGUGCUCCUCAUCGUUUGCUUUAUAAAGAGGAACAAAGGAGGCAAAUACCCAGUAAAAGAAAAAGAAGAUGCCCAUCAAGACCCAGAAAUCCAGCCCAUGAAAGAGGAUGAUGGGACAUUUGGGGAGUACAGUGACACAGAGGAUCACAAGCCCUUGAAAGGCAGCCGGACCCCAUCCAAUGGGACGGUCAAGAAGGACGACAGUGACGACAGCCUGGUGGAUUAUGGCGAGGGAGGAGACGGCCAGUUCAAUGAGGACGGCUCGUUCAUCGGCCAGUACAGCGGGAAGAAGGAAAAAGACACGGCGGAAGGCAACGAGAGUUCGGAGGCUCCUUCUCCGGUCAACGCCAUGAACUCCUUUGUGUAACUGCCUGGAAACGCCUCGUGACCUUUGAACCAUCCAACACCCCACCUCCUUGUCUCUAUUGCACUGUGACCCCCUGACAUCACACAGCAAAAGAAAUAAAACAAACGCCCCUAAUGAAAGACAGUGAGAAAUUAUACAAAUGCGAGAAGAGGGCCAGUCCAAGCUUCACCGCGAUUGGUCGGAAUGAAAGUCACAUGACAUUGAGCAUAUUACAGCGAGCAUAUAGGAAUAUAUAAAUUGACUUAUAUUUUAUUAACAUGGCCCUAUUUACCAUCAGAUGGCAUUGUAUCACACCAUCUUGUCCCUUGGACUGGCAUGGAAUCAGUUAUUGAUGUCGCACCCUUGGCGAAUCAGCAUUAAGGUGCGGUCACAUUUACUGUUGUUUGGCAAAUUUUCACUGGCAAAAUCCAGUCGUUUCAGUAGAAAUCGGUGCGAU